GUUUACGACGAGUGGCGUCACCCGGUGGGAGAAUUUGGAACCAGGAGAGAUUUCACACGACACCGGCAAAGCAAGACCAUCCUGGGCUGGCCAGACUUCACCUGAAGACUUGCGAGUGCAAGAUAAGUAUAAUGAUUACAAGAUCAAGGGCACUCAUGGUGACCUCCACCCCCAAGAGAGGCACCAGGUUGCCAGAGGAAUCACUACCCCUUCCAUCUCCACUGCAGCCUCCAAGCACUGCAGUGGAAAUCACUAAAAGAAGGGCACGCAUAGUGACCUCCACCCCCAAGAGAGACGCCAGGUUGCCAGAGGAAUCACUACCCCUUCCAAGCACUGCAGUGGAGAUCACAAAAAAACAGAAACGGAUGGUGAACUCUACCAACAAGAGAGGCAUCAAACCACCUGAGGAACUACCAAGGCUGCCCACCAUGCCCUCCAAGCACUGCCGCUCUUCUUUCUAUCGCAAAAAGAAGGAUUCCAAGUCAGCCAGUAAAGGUGGCAGCACCCCUGCCCGCAAGCUCAGGUGUCGUCCUGGCACCGUAGCACUGAGAGAGAUCCGCCACUACCAGAGCACCUGGAACACACUCAUUCCCAAGCUGCCUUUCUCUCGGCUGGUGCGAGAAAUCCUGGCAGAUCUCAACCGUGAUCUCAGGAUUCAGUCAUUGGCAUUGGAAGCUCUGCAGGAGAGUGCCGAUGUCUUUUUGAUUGGCCUUCUGGGGAGAGCCAACAUGUGCUGUAUUCAUGCUCAUCGUGUCACAAUCAUGCCAUCAGACAUGAAGCUGGUGCAGGAGGUCAGGGAAGAUUACAUGUAGUGGUGCUCCUCCAGCCAUACUUCCCAUCUACUCCUAGGGAUGAACAACAGGAAGGGGAAGAGUAUUUUACCAAAUACUCUGCUGCAUUCCCAUAUUCCAACCAGGAUUUUACAAUAGUUAUUUACUUGCACCACCAAGAUCAUUAUUAUUUUUUCUCAUACACUUAUAAUGGAAAGGUAUGUUGUUUGUAUGUGACACUAUACUUAUAUAAUUUUCACCAAAUUUGUGUGAUUAUCCCAAACUUAGUGAAGUUCAUCUUUGAGCUGGAAUGCUUGCCUAAUGUAUCAUAUUAUUAUCAGUAACUUGGGCAUCUGUUUUCUUAUAGAAACCAUAUCCCUUUAAACUUCUAUAAGAAGCUUGAGGGGCACCAUAGCAAGAGAUAGCUUUGGUACCCAGGACUGGUUGCCUGGGGAUACUAUCACAAAGUGGCAUUAACCAAGCAUCACAGGCUAAACAGUAGAUUUUUUUUGUAAGAGAAACCAGCUCUCCAAUAAAUACUGUUUUUGAAUA